GCUUCCGUGUUGUUCUUUAGGGAAACCACGCUGUUCAGAUGUCGCCGCACACGACUCGCUGACGUCUGCUCCUGGAUUUACUUUCAUGGUCAGGACGAGAUAGCAGCAGCGAUGGAGGCCUCCGGCUCAGAAGCGUCGACCGGGAGCAGGAGAAGGGAGGCCGGUGGUCCGUCGGGUCCGGGGUUGGACGGACCCAAGGCGAAGAAGAGGCCCGCAAACGCCAAAGCCAAGAAACCAAAACGAGCCCGAGUGUCCCGGCCUGCCUACACCGUCCACCAGGGGGAGGACAUGCUCCUCGUGGUGCAUAACGCCGCUUCCCAGUACGAGGGUUCGGCCUGGACCCCCAAGAAGAAGAAGAAGGGAAAGGUAAAAGCCAAUCAAGUCAAGAAAAAGACGACCGGCGUCAAACGCAAAGUGGAAAAUAAAGCAGUCAAGGAGGAAGAAGUGGACACCAAGCCGCCGGCGCGUCGGAGGGAAGCUGAUCCCAGAUGGGGGGAACAUCUGCCGGAGGAGCUGCUCGUCAGCAUCUUUCAGAUGGUGGUCCUGCAGGAUGGCGCCGUCCCGUUUCUGUGCAGGGUCGGGUCGGUGUGCCGCCUCUGGAACGCCGCCGCCUCCAGCCCGGCGCUGUGGCGCAGCGUGACGGUGGGAUUCUGCUGGAUCGGACCAGGCAAGACUCAGCUGCCGAAGACGGAGCAGAAGAUCCGGGACACGGUCACCUGGCUGGCAGAGAACAGAUUCUCCCAGCUCAGAGAUUUCUCUCUCUGUCACUGGAGCAAGAAUGUUGACUUUGCCAUCGAGGUCGUCUCUCGGUGCUGCCCUCAGCUCGGCUCCAUCAAGCUGUCCUACUGCUCCGGUCUGACGGCCAAGAGCUUCCUGGCCCUCGGCCAGCACAGCCGCUGCCUGCACAGCAUCAACGUCCAGUACUCAGAGUUUCAGGUCAACUGCCUCCUGGACUACCUGAUGCAUCACGGACACCAGAUCAGACAAAUACUGUUCACUCACGGACCAAAGAACGACCGGCUCCUGGCGGCCAUCGCCAAGGGACUUUGUCCCGACCUGGAGAUGUUGGAGGUCAACACCAAGCUCGACAGCAAACAGUGUGAACUUCCUGUUUACAUCCAGGCGCUGCAGAAGGCCUGCCCAAAACUCAAGUCCUUCCGGAUGCUGAACGUCACACCUCUUCACAAGACGAUGCGUCAUGGUGCCGACUCGGCGUCCGGCUUCCCAUUACUGGAGGAGCUCUGCCUCGCCACCACGUCGUUCUCCUACAUGACCGACAAAGAUCUGAAGGACGCUCUGUUUGGCUCCCCGAAGCUGCGGGUUCUGGACCUGCGAGGCUGUUGGCGGGUCACGCCGGCCGGCCUCGCGGCGCUGCCCUGUCUCGAGCUGGAGUGUCUGUUCCUGGGGCAGUACUUCAACAUCUACUCCGGGCUGUGGACGCUGAAGACGGGGCUUCACUUGGUGACCCAGAAGUGGUGUCAGACACUGCAGCAGCUCGACCUGGCCAACCAGCUCUUCACCGAGGAGGACAUGGAGCUGGCGCUGAGUCACCUUUCCCAGGCGGCGAAGGCGGACACGCUGCGCUCACUCAACCUCAGCGGGACCAGGGUGACGCCCCGCGCCCUCAGGGCCGUCGUCGGACGGAUGACUGCUCUGGACUACCUCAAUCUCUCCUCCUGCCGCAAUCUUCCCAGAGGAGCGAAGAAGAUCUACCGCGGCCAAGAAGAGAUCCGGCAGCUGCUGGACGUACUGGACUGAGUCCGUUCAGGGGACUCGAGUGUUGAAACGUGCCUCGUUGAGGACGAUACUGUUCACGGGAAACUCUCCCUCAGGUUCUUUUCUAAGUGUUUUAUACGUAAACCGAUGACUUCACUUACAACCAACUUCCAGAGGAAGCAAAGUUAGGGUUGUGAAUCAGUGGGAGUCCCUGUUUCUACUGCAUCGAUUUCACUUAAAGUUCUACUUUUAUUUAGAAAUAUGCCAAUUUAACAAAGUAAAAGACAACUGUGACUCUGAUUUUCUUAGUAGUCGUUAUUGAAAAGCUUGAGAAGCCUCCUAGAUUUCCAGGAGGCAGCAUCUAAAAACCGCCUCUGGUCACCAGUAGAUAGACAUCCAGCCGAUCAGAAAUAAACCACAUGACAUAGGCAGAGCGAUAACCAGACUGGUAUCAACAAAAAACAUCCAACAUGGCUGCAGCGGAGUAGUUUUACGGUAUAAACGAGUCCCGGGUGGUUAUUAGCAUUUCUUCACCCAUCUAUCACCCACUCUGGGGUUCUUGAAUGCUAUUGCGUGUGUCGGUACAUUUUGUACCAAUGGAAUUUGCUGAUACGAGGACGGGAACCGGACCCAUUUCAAGCUGGGAGGGAUGUUUAAGUGUAUAUAUUUGGAUUUGUUUUAUGUUAUCUCAUUUAAAACACAAUAAUAAUGAUGUCAAAUGGUUUUACGCACAAAUAAAUGUCCAGAACAUCA